GCUGACGUCACUCUUGCGUCACUUCCUGCUGCUCUGCGGGUGGUAGUUUUUCUGUUCUUGAGGUAUCGGGCAUCGGGCCGGAGACCAGCCAGAGACCAGGCAGGCGACACCGAGGCAGACCAAAUGACUGAGGCUGAUGUAAAUCCGAAGGCCUACCCUCUUGCAGAUGCCCACCUCACCAAGAAACUAUUGGACCUUGUUCAGCAGUCAUGUAACUACAAGCAGCUUCGAAAAGGAGCCAAUGAGGCCACCAAAACCCUCAACAGAGGCAUCUCUGAGUUCAUUGUGAUGGCUGCAGACGCAGAGCCCCUGGAGAUUAUCCUGCACCUCCCACUGCUGUGUGAGGACAAGAACGUGCCCUAUGUGUUUGUGCGCUCCAAGCAGGCCCUGGGGCGAGCCUGUGGGGUCUCCAGGCCUGUCAUCGCCUGCUCUGUCACCAUCAAAGAAGGCUCACAGCUGAAGCAGCAGAUCCAGUCCAUCCAGCAGUCCAUUGAACGGCUCUUAGUCUAAACAGGUGGCCUCUGCCACACUCCCUCCUGGCUCCUCCCCCAGGGCUUGUGUAUCAUAUUGUCUGUUAGCAUGUAGUAUUUCCAGCUGCCUUCUGUUGUUAUAAAAUAUUGUAGUGCUAAAUCUAGUUUUUGUAUUGUUUUUGUCUUGUUUUAUAGGUUGUCAUCCCUUCCCCACCCCUUUUCCUCAUCUCCCCUCCCCUCUCUGUCAUCUCAUCCUCCCUUUUGGAUGGUGAGCUAAUGCCCAGAACAGCUGGAAGCAGGGUGGUGACACCAUUCAAAGGCAGGGAAGAGCCCAGAUAAGAGGUUUGGUUCCAGCUUUCAGGCGCCAACUUCCUACUGUGCAGAGCUGAUCCCACUUUGUAUCCUUUGUGCCUGGUAUACAGAAUCACUGCAGACAUGUUUGAACGAUUGAGGGGUUUCCUCUGCUCUCUAGGGCAUUAUGUAUCAUUUGGGGAGGAAGCAUGUAUUCUGUGUGAUUGUUGGGUAUAUGUCCUAAGUGUUAUUUGCUAAUGUACCCCUACUGUUUGCUUUUGAUAAUGUGAUGUUAUAUUUCACCCCAACUCCCACCUAUGCCCCUGAGGGUGGCAGGGCAGCAGCAUACCAAAGAAAUGCGCUGCAGAAUUCCAGAGGCAGCCUGGGUGGGUGGGACCUGGGAUAAUUGACCUUGGUCUUGAAGGCAUGGCAAGAGGUUCUGGAAUGAAGGAUUCUGGGCCAGUCAUGGAGAACUGAAUGGAAGCUACAGCAGAGAUGAUAAAAUCCGAGAAAACAUCCUUUCUUUGGUGAAGAGAUUUCUUCAGUGGACACUAGGUACCAGCUCUGAGGGCCCUUAUGCCGAUUUCCCGCCACAAUGUGGGUCAGAUGUAUGUAUUUUCUAUCACAUCAGAAGAACUGUGCUAAUGUGUCAUUCCUGUGAGCAUCCUAAUAAAGAAAUACAUAUAUAGAUA